UCGCGCCUGUUAAUGGUGGAUUAGUUUCUUCUUCAUUUGGAUCGAGGGAGGCAGAUGAGAAUAGCGCGCUUUCAUGGGGUCGAUGACUUCCGCUUUUAAAGCCCAAAUCUCUUUGCUUCCCACCUCGUCUUCAUGCCUUCUACUUGUUCAUUUCCGCGUACCUAUCGAUUUAUAAUACCCAAACCCAAGAAGAUACGGAAUAAACCCCCCUCCUCUUCGCCCUUCUCCACCAUCUUCGCAUCUGCAAAUGAAGAUGAAGAUACCCUGUUCAAGUUCAAGUUUAGACUCAAUCAAUCGAUACCCAUCAUGCAACUAUUGCUAUCCCGCUUGCGUGAAUCCUCCAUAAGUCUUUUAUCUGUUAAAGAGCUCCAUGCCCAGAUCAUUAUCAACUCUCUUUCCUCAGAUGAAUUUGUCGCCACCAGACUUGUUAAUACGUAUUCCAAUUUGGGCACUUUGAGCGAUGCCCGCAAAGUCUUCGAUCAAAUAUGUAACCCGACGGUCUUCCUAUGUAAUGCCAUGAUGGGUGGGUAUCUUAAAAAUGAGCGUUUCAUGGAGACCCUUGAGUUGUAUCAGAUGAUAAAAUCCCGCGAUUUAAAAACCAAUGGUUGCACCUCUACUUUGGCACUCAAGGCUUGCACAUGCUUGUCAGAUUUUGAAAUGGGUAAUAUAAUAAUGGGAGACGCCGUGAAUAAUGGUCUGGUAAAUAAUCGUUUCUUUGGGAGUUCAGCGAUAGGCUUCUUGGUGAAAUCAGGCAAAAUUGAGGAAGCUCGAAGGGUGUUCAAUGAAAUGCCUCAUAAAGAUGUUGUUUGUUGGAAUUCAAUGAUUGGAGGUUAUGUGCAGUCGGGUUGCCUAGAUAAGGCUUUUGAAUUGUUUUUCAAGAUGUGGGUUGCUGGGAUUAUACCAACUGCAGUAACUGUUUCAAACUUGAUCCAGGUGUGUGGAGGUAUAAAAAAUUCAGCACUUGGGAAAUGCAUUCAUGCAUUUGUGAUUGGAUUGGGAUUGAAUGGUGAUGUUUUGGUUCUUACUUCUUUGGUUGAUAUGUAUGGUAAAAUUGGUGACACUAAAAGUGCUAGGCAGGUGUUUGAUAGGAUGCCAUCAAGGACUUUGGUUUCAUGGAAUGCCAUGCUUUCAGGAUAUGUGCAGAAUAGAUUAAUCUUUGAAUCAUUUGAGCUCUUCCGUCUAUUCACAUCGGACGACAUUGUAUUUGACUCAGCUACAAUUCUUAGCCUCUUUCAGAUCUGUGCUCAGAUAGGUUGUUUGGAAGGUGGGAAAAUCCUUCAUGGUUGUGCUUUUAGAAGAGGCUUUCAAUCGAAUCUCAUUGUGUCGACUGCAGUUGUUGAUCUGUAUGCUAAAUGUGGUGCUUUAAAUCUAGCAACUUCUGUUUUUAAUGGGAUGAAGGAGAGGAAUGUGAUCUCAUGGACAGCAUUGUUGGUAGGACUGGCACAAAAUGGCCAUGCAGAGGAUGCAUUGAAAUUAUUUAGCCAGAUGCAAGAGGAGGGAGUUGCUGCAAAUUCUUUCACUCUCGUUGGUUUGAUCCAUGCUUGUGCGCAUCUGGGAUCUUUGAAGAAAGGAAAGAGUGUUCACGCCCAUUUGCUACGGCAUGGAAUUGUGUUUGAUGUAGUUAACAUGACAGCCCUCAUUGAUAUGUACGCCAAGUGUGGAACUAUAAACUCUGCAGAGCGAUUAUUCAACAACGGCUGCAUACCCAACGAUGUUGUUCUGUGGAAUUCUAUGAUAACUGGUUAUGGCAUACAUGGAAAUGGAUACCAAGCUGUUAGAGUCUUUAAUCAGAUGAAAGAGAAGGAAGUCCAACCAAACGAAACUACCUUCAUUUCUGUUCUGUCUGCUUGUAGCCACUCAGGAAUGGUCAGAGAGGGGAUGCAUUUGUUCCAGAGCAUGUCCACAGACCAUGGCAUUUCGCCGAGAGAAAAGCACUACGCUUGCUUGGUUGAUCUUCUCAGUAGAGCAGGCCGUCUUGAAGAAGCUGAAGCCUUGAUCAAACAAAUGCCAUUUGAACCGGGCAACCUUGUUCUUCAGUCUUUGCUUAGUGGAUGCCGAACUCAUAAGAACAUUGAUAUGGGUAUCCGAACUGCAGAUAAAUUGCUUAGUUUAGAUACUAUGAACCCUGGAAUUUACAUUGUGUUAUCAAAUAUAUAUGCUGAAGGAGGGAGGUGGAGUGAAGUAGAUUAUGUAAGAGAUCUUAUGAGGAAGAAAGGGCUUAGGAAAACUCCUGGAUACUGCUUGACCGAAAUAGGAAAUCGGGUCCAUGCAUUUUUUGCUAGGGAUGAUUCACAUCCAUAUUGGGUAGAAAUUUCUCACAUGUUGGAGAAUUUGAGGAUACAGAUAGAGGCUUUAGGUUACAUGCCAGACACUAGUUGUGUUAUUCUUGACAUCGACAAGCAGCUGAAGGUGAAGCUUCUGUGGGGCCAUAGUGAGAGAUUAGCAAUUGCAUUUGCACUUAUAAAUACCCCAUCCGGGAGCUUGAUAAGGAUCACGAAGAAUCUUCGUGUCUGUAAUGACUGUCAUACUGUGACAAAGUAUAUUUCGAAGAUUGUUAGGAGGGAGAUCAUUGUCAGAGAUGCUAACCGUUUCCAUCAUUUCAUAGAUGGGCACUGCUCUUGUGGUGAUUACUGGUGAUGUGGAUUCACUAAAAGAGAUUAACCACUAAUUGCUCAGUUUUUUUCCAUUUUGUCUGGAUGAUAACAUUGAGCUGGAGUUAUCUCUAUAAACAGGUAACUGAAGCCUCGUAUAUGGAGAAUUUAUUAUGCAAUUAUUCUUUCUGUAUAAAGCAAUGAUAUGAGAAUAGUCAUCCCACUGACCUACGGUAUUAGAUUAUAGCUGCAAUUUUAUCUUUUCAAUGAGGAUUAGUUUUGCAUAUCUGCUUUUAGGAUAGUAAUGCCAAAAAUGUGGCAAUCGGAUAUACUUGUGUUUUA